AUGGAUACUGAGCAAUAUCAACCGCUCCCAGUACAGCACUCAGGGCGCAUCAAUAGACUUGUGAGCAUACGAUACCUGCGCAAUAACGAGCAGGCUAAAGAGCACCCAUUGUGUCAACCAACCAGAACAAACCCCCUGUUGCUCACGCUCUUUUUACCUUUUCUCUCUUUUCUCACUUUCCUUCUCUAUCUCUAUCAAUUGACUGUUCAUAUACUCUCCUCAUCCCGAUACCCCACCAACCCAGGAACUCAAUCAACAACAACCACAAUGGCCGACCACCACGACGAUGAUCUCGCCGCCUCCAAGACCGAGGGCUUUAAGGUCGGAGAGAAGAAGACCAUUGAGGAAUACAAGCAGCUGGACCAAAACGACGAAUCCCUCAAUCGCUGGAAAGCCUCGCUGGGUCUGAACACCGGCGACCCCAUCGGCGACCCCAACGACCCCCGCAAAUGCAUUAUCAAGUCUCUCGCUCUCGAAGUCGAAGGCCGCAACGACGUCCUUAUUGACCUCUCCACCCCCGGCGCUCUCGAGGGUCUCAAGGACAAGCCGUUCACGAUCAAGGAGGGUGCCACGUUCCGGAUCAAGGUUGUCUUCCAGGUGCACCAUGAGGUGCUGAGCGGUCUGAAAUACCUGCAGGUGGUUAAGAGGAAGGGUAUUCGGGUUAGCAAGGAUGAGGAGAUGCUGGGAAGCUAUGCUCCCAACACAACAGGCAAGACCGAAUACGAGAAGAAAUUCAACGCCGAGGAGGCUCCUUCGGGCAUGAUGGCUCGUGGCCACUACAAUGCCGUUUCCAAAUUCGUUGACGAUGAUGACACAACCCACCUGCAAUUCGAAUGGUCGUUUGACAUUGCCAAGGACUGGUAG